GCGCGACCAGGCUUGCAGCCCUCAGGGUUAGGGCCUCUAGGUGGAGAACAGGGCUGGGUGGCCAGCCUUCUGCCCCUGGGAAUUCUGAUUCCCAGCUGAUAAAAAGGGCAGGCUGGGAGCGCGUGUGCUCGGAGUUGAGAACCCCGGCCGAGCGCGCCCCACAACAAACCAGCCUCUCAAACCCUUCGCCUUGGGGCCUCUUGCCGCUAUCCUCCGGCCAGCUCCUCAGUGGGGUCCUCACAGGAGGAGCAAAGGCGAAUUUAAGGGCUGCCCGGGCGAGCGUCGCUCCAGGCGGGUAGCCGGUGGGGAGCUACACCGGCGGUGCUCCCUGGAUGUCGGUUCCUGCCUGGAGUGCCCUGGCAGGGCAGGCGGCGGUUCAAUUUGGGACAGAUACUGCGUUGAAUUUGACUUUUUGAGGCCAGGCUAAACUCACCUCUCCCGGACACCGCAGGGAUUAUUUACAGGGAGCUCGUCAACCAAACACAACAGUCUAAUUUAACCUUUCCAAGUCCUCGUAAAUUUUUACAGCUCGGAGCCACGGCGAGGCAAAAGAAUCUGUUGGUCGUUCCCGACUUCCCGCCAGCCUGUGUGGCUUCUGAAACAAUAACUCCUUAUGAAAUAUCAUAAAUAUAGAUUUAAAUACAGUAGAGCGAGAAUGCGAUUUGGCUGGUUUUUUAUGGCUUCAAUUAUUGUCUAAUUUUAUGUGAGGGGCUCCGCUGGCCGCACUAGCACGCGGGACCCGCGCCUUCCUGAUGGCGUGAUUAAUUGUGAUAUAAAAUAGUCCGCUUAAGAAGUGUGUGCAUGGGGUGGGGGGGCAGGGGAGAAUACAGAGGCAAGGCCAUUUGAUCUUUUAAUCUUCGUUGGCCACAAUUAAAACAAACCCGAUCGUAGAGCGGCACGAUCCCUUUGCAUAAAAACAUAUGGCUUUUGCUAUAAAAAUUAUGACUGCAAAACACCGGGCCAUUAAUAGCGUGCGGAGUGAUUUACGCGUUAUUGUUCUGCCGGGAGGGCACGUGACACGCGCGGCCAAUGGGGGCGCGGGCGCCGCCAACUUAUUAGGUGACUGUACUUCCCCCCCUGGUGCCACCAAGUUGUUACAUGAAAUCUGCAGUUUCAUAAUUUCCGUGGGUCGGGCCGGGCCGGCCAGGCGCUGGGCACGGCGAUGGCCACCACUGGGGCCCUGGGCAACUACUACGUGGACUCGUUCCUGCUGGGCGCCGACUCUGCUGAUGAGCUGAGCGCUGGCCGCUAUGCGCCGGGGACUCUGGGCCAGCACCCCCGGCAGGCGGCGACGCUGGCCGAGCACCCUGACUUCAGCCCGUGCAGCUUCCAGUCCAAGGCGGCGGUGUUCGGCGCCUCGUGGAACCCGGUGCAUGCGGCGGGCACCAACACUGUACCCGCUGCGGUGUACCACCACCACCACCACCACCACCACCCCUACGUGCACCCCCAGGCGCCCGUGGCGGCGGCGCCGGACGGCAGGUACAUGCGCUCCUGGCUGGAGCCCACGCCCGGUGCGCUCUCCUUCGCGGGCUUGCCCUCCAGCCGGCCUUAUGGCAUUAAACCUGAACCGCUGUCGGCCAGAAGGGGUGACUGUCCCACGCUUGACACUCACACUUUGUCCCUGACUGACUAUGCUUGUGGUUCUCCUCCAGUUGAUAGAGAAAAACAACCCAGCGAAGGCGCCUUCUCCGAAAACAAUGCUGAGAAUGAGAGCAGCGGAGACAAGCCCCCCAUCGAUCCCAAUAACCCAGCGGCCAACUGGCUUCAUGCACGCUCCACUCGGAAAAAGCGCUGCCCUUAUACAAAACACCAGACCCUGGAACUGGAGAAAGAGUUUCUGUUCAACAUGUACCUCACCAGGGACCGCAGGUACGAGGUGGCCCGGCUGCUCAAUCUCACCGAGAGGCAGGUCAAGAUCUGGUUCCAGAACCGCAGGAUGAAAAUGAAGAAAAUCAACAAGGACCGAGCAAAAGACGAGUGAUGAGUGAUGUCGUUUGGGUUUAUUUAGAAAAAAGAAUGAGCUAGAGAGAAAGAGAAAGAACUGCCCGUCCCCCUUCCGCCUUCUCCCUUCUCUCACCCCCAUCCUAGCCUCCACCGUCCCGCACAAAGCGGCUCUAAACCUCAGGCAACAUCUCCCCCCCAGGCAAACCCUGCUCAGGCCGGCUCCUAGGCCUGCCGCUUUGAUGGAGGAGGUAUUGUAAGCUUUCCAUUUUCUGUGAGACAAAAAAAAAAAAAAAAAAAAAGGGGGGGGGGGGGUGGGCAUUCGUGCUGAUAGCUAUGUGUGCUAGGUUGUACAUAUUUUUUAAAAAUCUACCUGUUCCUGACUUAAAACAAAAGGAAAGAAACUACCUUUUUAUAAUGCACAACUGUUGAUGGUGGGCUGUAUAGUUUUUAGUCUGUGUAGUUAAUUUAAUUUGCUGUUUGUUCGGCAGAUUGCUCUGCCAAGAUACUUGAACACUGUGUUUUAUUGUGGUAAUUAUGUUUUGUGACUCAAACUUCUGUGUACUGGGUGAUGCACCCGUUGUGAUUGUGGAAGCUAGAAUUCAAUUUGAACUCAGGUUGUUUAUGAGGGGGAAAAACAGUUGCAUAGGGUAUAGCUCUGUAGUAGAAUAUGUCUUCUGUAUAACUAGGCUGUUAACCUAUGAUUGUAAACUAGCUGUAAGAAUUUCCCAGUGAAAUAAAAAAAAUUUUUAAGUGUUCUCGGGGAUACAUAGAUUCAUCGUUUUCUUCACAUUAGAAAUGCGAGCAUUUUAGUCUCUCCAUGAUCUAUAGUCCUGUCUUGUCCAUUGUAUAUAUAAUCUAUAUGAUUAAAGGAAAUAUGCAUAAUCAGACAAGCCUGAAUAUUGUUUUUGCACCAGAUGAGCGGUGACAAAAUUCGGAGCUAUACAUAUGUGCAGAAGGUUACUACCUAGGGUUUUUGCUUAAUUUUAAUCGGAGAAAAUGAAUGCUGAUUGUAACGAAGUUAAUUUUAUUGAUAAUAAAUUAUACACUAUGAAACCGCCAUUGGGCUACUGUAGAUUUGUAUCCUUGAUGAAUCUGGGGUUUUCACCGGACUGAACCUACAGUGUAUAUUUUGCAAUAGUUACCUCAAGGCCUACUGACCAAAUUGUUGUGUUGAGAUGAUAUUUAACUUUUUGCCAAAUAAAAUAUAUUGAUUCUUUUCUA